UCUUAUAAAUUGAGUUCUUUAGGUGCGUUUGGGACAUAAAACAGACCGUUCUCUCCUCCAAUUCUUCUACCAAACGCCAUUGCAACCACCCUAACCCCUCAAAAUCCCCAAUCUCUCAGAAACCCUUCUCUGAUCUUGUUUCUCCAGCGUCCGAUCCUCUCACCCGCUGGUUUCAACCGUCGAUCGACCUCCAAAAAGGUGCAUCCAGAUGUUCCUAGUUGAUAUUGUUGUAUAGUUGAAGUACAACUUAAGUAACAGGUUCGAAACUAUAAUCAGUGGAAGAAAUAGAUACUGAUAAAGCAGAAUAUUGCACCCUUUAAUUCUCAAGGUUUUAUAUGUAAGUAUGUUAUAGUUGUUUUAUGUUCCUUUUAUCCCUCCCACGUCCUGCAAUAUUCAUUUCAUGCAAACGAAAUUAUGAAAUUUUGGUUUCUUUGUUGAUAUUGUUUAAAUCGAUCAUUUAAUAUAUUUGCAUGUAGUCACUGAUUAAUUAUUGUUGCAUUUGAAGUGUAAAUUUUUAUUUUAGGUUGCAAUUAUUGUUAGUGAAAUUUAAAAUUUGGAGAGGCAGAAAAAAAUAAUAAUAAUAAUAAUAACUUGGCAUCUCUAAUGAGGACUAGAAUGGGGCUUGAGGAACCAAAUUAGAGACAAGAUUAUGAGACAGAAAUUUGAGGUACAUGAAUUUGCUGCUAAGAUGCAUUCCUGCUCAAAUUUAGAAUUUUUUUUUUUUAAAUAAUCUACUUAUUUGGCUCAUUUUCAUUUUCAUUUUCAUUUUCAUUUUCUUUUUCUUUUUCUUUUUCUUUUUCUUUUUCUUUUUCUUUUGUUAAAUAAAUAAAACAUUCUAAAGAAGAAGCACCAAAAACCUAUUCAAAGGUCCCUACAAAGUUUAACAUUUGAGUUAAGGACGGAUUAACCAUCCCCGAAAUCAACUAUACAAAAUGGAUGAAAAUUUCCUUUUUAACCUCAAAAUUGAUUCUUCUUUAUGUGCAAUUUUUAAAUUUUUUAUAAUUUUUUUUCCAUAUUUAUGCACUAGCUGCAACUUGCAACUAAGAAAUUCUGAUAAGAACCUGUAUCUCCUUUACAAAAGGAUGAACUCUGGUCUCAUUAGCCUUUUUGAUUAACAAUACUAAAAGCACUUUGGAAAGUGUAAAGUGAUUUUGGUUUGCAAUCUUAGUAUAAUAUCUUUAACAGCAUAGCUUAAGUGACGGGGUAUUUUUAUUUUGGAGAAUUGAAGAGUCAUUCAAGCAAGCUUUAUCUUCCUGGGUUCAAUUUGCAGAAGAUGCCAAAAAUCUAUGUUCUUGUUAUGGUUCUGCGACAUGUUUAUAGCUGAACUAAUUGAGGUUUAUUCCCACCAUGCUUGUUUUGCACCAUCUUUUGAAGGGUGUUAGGAGGAAACAUUUGGAGAUAGCGAUUUGCUUUUGUUGUCACUGAUUUCCUUAUCCUUGUGUAGGUUUAGUUGGUUUCCAUUAUGCAGGUGCAAGGAUAUUGAUGGUAUAUCUCUCUUUUUUCUACAUGUCACUUGUUUGAGACAUGUUUGAACAUUCAUUGCCUUGAAGUUUAAUAGACUGUGGGUUAUCAGCGUGGACAGGAUCUAAAGCUCUUUUACAGAGCUUUUAAAAUGAUCUAAAUCUCCAACUACGUAGCAUUCAACUUUUUUUAGUGCUAACGGGUCGGUUGCUUAUAUGCAUUUAAUUAUUUUCUGGUGAGGAAUAGUCACUAGCCAUUUGUAGGAGCCAUAUUUGGUAUAUAGCUAGUCAGCCUUUCAUUCUUUUCAGUUUAUCUGAAUCAUAAAUGGUAUUGCAUUGCAGGCACCUUGGGUUUCUUUGAGCUACAGAAGAAGGAUUCUCAUUUUUGAAUCCUGUGUUUUCGAUCAAGAUUUUUAACAUAUGAACAGGUUCAAUUGUGUGCUAGAAAUUGACUUUGCACCAGGAGAGCAAACUAUAGUUCGUUUCUAGAGACUUCAUUUUUCAAUUUGCUGAAGUCUUAUGUAGUUCCUUGUUCGCAUUGAACAUUGCAAUGGCAAUAGGACCAUCUUACCUUGUGACAUGCAGUUUGUUCUCAGGAUCCUAUGGCCUUAGUAGUCUAUAUGUGAAGGUGCAUGUCACCGGGUGCUUUGAGCAUUCGAGCUUGCAGUAUUGAGAUGAUGAACUGAGGAUAUGGAUUGUUACUGUGAUUCAUUUUAUUGCAAAAGAAGCCAUGGCUCACUGAUGAUUAUUCUCAUUUAUAUAAUUAUUCAUUAGGACCAUUCCUUUUGAAUAUGGUGGAAAAGUUUAACAUCUUUUAUCCAAAAGCUUAUUGAUGGCCUUCCCAAAUUCAUGGCAGUUGACUUCUUGGAUACUUCUUUUUGAUACUGCGGCCUGGGGGUGCAUUUGAACUCUUGAUGCCAUUUUGAAGUGGGGUUCAACAAAGAAAUUGCUGAUUAAAUCUCUUGAAUGAGAUUAUUGUAAUUUAUGUCGCUAGUUUUUGAAUCGUAUUGGUUAACGACUUUGUGUAUUGUGCAAUGCUCUUAAAAAACUGAAGUCAGUUACCCCCACAAUGAUGAUAAACACCUCUUUGGUGUUUCAUCAUAUGUAGCUGACAAUUUUGGAUCAAUCAUAUAGCACAAAUCAAUGGAAAAUUUAAUCAUGGUGUUGAGGUUUCAACAAGAGGAACAGUUUAUUUUACUGGCAGGGAGAAAAGGGGGUUGGCAUGUGAGUCAAAAUUGCAACAGUUUAUAUCAUUUAAGAAGAUAAUAAGUUGACAGCAUGGAGAAGAAAGAUUGAUCUUUACUUCUAACAGCUUUCCACUGGUAUGCUGGAGUAAGGAAAAUGAGCAAGAUAGAAUAUCUGGUUUUCUUCAAAUCUGGCGAAUACAAAUGGAUCUUACCUAUUGGAAAUGGUUCCAUGUGAAGUUUCUUAUUGGUUUCAGGCAGGAGUGAAGACGUGUAAGAAACUUUCAAGUGGUUGAGCUAAAUUUCUUCAUUGACUUCAUCCAUCUCUUUGUAUUGCCUAGUUUUCUGAACUCAAUUGAUUGUUGUCCCCUCCUCUUUAGUUGACCAUUUGCCUUCAAAGUUUCUGUUUUCCGUCGAGGUUUCCACUUCAUAAAGUUGCUUCAGGAAUGCUUGGAUUUUUGUGGUUGCCAAGCACUCUCAAAUUUUCUUGUAAAUUGCUUCUGACAAGAAGCGAACUUCACCUAGAAUGCCCAUGUUAUUGAAUUGGGGAUCUCCUGGAGGUGUGGAUAUUGUCUAUAAUCCUGAGAGGCAGGCGUGUUCAAGUGUUGUAGUUGAUUUUGUAGCCUUUGAUCUGUAUAUUUCACCAAGCAACCUUGUAUAUAUAGCAACAUCAUAUCUGAACGGGCAGCCUUAGUUGUUAUUUACAUAAUAAUUUUUACAUUGUGUGCAAGUUUUUUUGGGCUUGGUGGAUUACACUCUUGUGUUGAAUGAGAGAGAUUAAAAUAUUUGGUGAUAUGGUGUGGACAUAUUUCAAUUUUUGCAUCUCCUAGAAUGUGGACGUGUUAGAAAUAGCAGAAAGUUGCCAUGAGUAUUAGCUUUUCAAAUUCUUUUCCAAGUUUGGUUUUAGCAGCACAACCUUCAUCUAAGGUCCUUACCUUUUUUCCAUUUCACUGGUGUCACAAAGUAUCGCCUUCCCCUUCUGCCAGCAUUGUUUUCAAUAGUGGAUCCUUCAGUUUAGGUCUUCAUCCUUUUUGCUUCCAUUUUUUCCUUCAGUUUCAGUGAGACAACAGCUGGGGCUAUAAUGCCUACUUCUGUCUCAGGGAUAAUAUUUUUUCUGCAGUGCAGGCCAAAUUAACAUCGUGGUUCAAUUUCCAGGGAGAAAAUUCGGAGGUAUUUUUCAUAGAAGGCGUUUAUGUAGUUUCUCAUAUCUUGAUGACAUUUUGUGUGCACUAUGGUGCUCAUUAGUCCCUUGGUUCAGCUAUCAGGAAGAAAAAAGUUGUAGGCUUAGUCUGUACAGGUCCUUUAUGGGAUUUAUGAACGGAGAUAAAUUUGAGGUAUUAAAUGUUUUGUUUUGUCCAUUGUCAUAUGUUGUUUACAUUCCCCAGGUCAUAUCUAGUCUCAAUCUGUCUUCUUUAUUAUUAUUAUUAUUAUUGUUAUUUUGAAAUUAAAUAGUGGAUGAAGGCUAGAAACUUUGAUAUACUGAGGUAGCUCAAAACUUUGCUUUUACAUCGAUAAACCUAGACACUUUCAUAAUCACUGCAAUUUGUACUACCAUUGCCAACACCACAUCUUUCUCUAUAAUUGAUAAGCAUAUAAAUAAUAUUUGAAAAUCGUACUUAUUUUUUUAAGAAACUUAAAUCAAUUGUUAUUGAGCUUUUGAACUGUAUUAUUGCAAAAUUGUUACAGUGCCACCACCACCGUUCACCAUAAUUGCCAUCUUUACUAUUUUCACAGAACAAUGAGUACACACUCCAUGACUCUCUACCACUCACCUGUAGCCUGUUGCUGCCUCAGCCGCUGCCUCAUCACCAUCUUUAGUCUGCCCUAAUCUAUUGAUGUUAUUUUGACUCACUGUGAACAGAUUCACCACUAUUUAGUUAUAGCCUCCAUUUUUAUCCCAUUUCACUUUUGUGUGCCAACCAUUCAAAUCUGUUGUACUGUACGCACUAUGCAUGCUCCAUCAGGUAGACUUUGAAGUGUUCUCAUAUGCUUGUAGCUCGUGCAUAUUUUUAUAUUAAGUGAUCAUAUUUCUAUCUUUUCACCAAUUGUGAGAAUAUGGACUUAUGUUCAAGUUCUUUGAGGACAAUAUACGAGUCACUACCGUCGAAACUGUAAAAUGUGCUCAAUAUGUCAACGUGCCUCUGAUUGGCAUAUUAGAGACAACAUAUUUUGUGGUUCAAACUCAUAGUUGACAUUUUCAGAAUGAGGAAGAUACUCUGGCAUCUAAUGCUAUUUUAUGUCCCAUGUUCUAUUUUAAUUGAAUAAAAAUUGUGAUUAUACUAAUUUCUUUUUUCUUCUGAUCAGACAAUGAUUUUCUAAUACUGUGGACCCUUUACUAGGUCAUGCUCCAUUUCUCUUUCCUUAAUUUGAUUUUGUUUCAUAAUUAUUUUUAGGAAAGCUUUGGAAGAUAAGUCUACCAUAUCGAUGAGUUCACUGGAACAGGAUUAGAUCCCUUGCAGUGGCCAGCAAUAGUUAGAUUUUCUAAACUUCAUUUCAGAAAGCAAAGUAAUGAGCAUACAUUAGAAACUUUGUAAGAUGCACAGCAUAUUUGUUUAGUGAUUUGGUAGAUAGUAAGGAAUUGAUGUUGAGAUCGAAAACAGGAAUAUGACUUCUUUACUGUUCUCUAUGGCCUCUGCGUCGCAGUGACAUGAGGUGUGUACAUGUUCUCCAUUGCCAAAUACCUCUAGGUUAUCAAAUGAAAAUCUCCUUGUUUUUGCCCCUACUUUGUUGGGCUGUGUAUUUGAUUGAACUACAAAAGACUUGUCAUCUUAUCAUUGUGUCCAGCAUCUCCAUGCAUCUACGUUGUCGUGUUCCUAUGUUUGGCAUAAUCAAAGUUUUAAAAGGUGUUGCUGAGGCUUACCUCAAGGUGAGGUUAGAGCAAAAUGCGUUCAGGCUUUGCUUUUUAGGCUACACUAUUGUCAAACUUAAUCUAAUACAUGGUUUAAACAUAAAAUGAGGAAUCUCUUCUGUAUUUAUAUUUCAUGGGAAAAAACAAGUAAAUAAUUGCUGCACUUGGAUUUAAAGGUUUGUUUUAGGUAUUUUUUGAGGGGGAGUGAAAAUGAGAUUCAACGAUGACCCAAAACAAAAACAAAAACAAAAAAAAAGGAAAAAUAAAAAGAAGCAAAGUUUAGACUAAAGUUAGAAGCUUAAUAAUUGAAGUUAAAAAUGUCGAUUUCACCUUCGAUGAGGGCAAGUUUCCUUUUUUAUAGUGAAAUGUUCGAUGCUUUGAGGAGGAAAGUAUUUACACCUUUAUAUUUAUUUCUACUAUUUUAAACUAUUUUAUUUAUUUAUUAAAUAUAAAAAUUCAAAUUUUGAAAUGCUUACAUCUCAACGCCUUGAGGCUUACACCUUGUCUCAUGAGGGGUAAAAUGCACCAUGUUAUGCGUUCGCCUUUAAAUACUUUGAGCAUAAUCAAAGCCUACUUAAUUGGUUUGUCUUUUCCAUUACAGCUAGUGAUGCAAGAUCUCUCUCCUCUUUUUUGAUUUUAGUGUCAAACCAAUGUGUUGCUUUAGGUCAUGGUUUAACUAAUCUCUGCCUGUUUAUGACGGAAACUUAGCAUUAUUAGCACAAACUGUCUAUUCCUUGGGAAGCCUUGGCAUUCGAGAAAGAUCUCAAUCUUCAUGUUCACAAAGGUUUUGGCUAAGGUAUUUAUGUUGGUGGUCUACCUAUUAAAAUUAUACUAUGUGUACUUAAUUAGUUUAUUUGUUUGUUUGUGAUAAUGUAAGCUCAAAUUGUGUUUCUAGAAACUUGGCUCCUCAUAACAAUCAAACUAGCAAUGCUAAUUCUUUAUGCAGCACAAUUUUUUGUGAUCAUUGGAUCCUUGAAGCUCUAUUAUCCCUUAGAUUGCUACUUACAGAGCUAGUGGAGGUGGUAGAAUUUAACUACCUUCACAAUAAGGUUUCAUCACCAGGUGAUGCUGUUUUUGUAUUAAUAAUUGAUGGCACAGUAAUUCCACCUUCCCUCUUGUUCUUUUGAGUGCAUGUGUGGUGCGCACAAUUGUGUGUGUGAUUUGUGUGUCAUUUUCCGUCACCCUUGAUGUAGGGAGGUGUUUUAGUUGUCUUUAAAACUUUUUGCGUCUGGAUCUGCAAAAGGUAGCACGCUGAAAAUUAGAAUGGUUUGUCAGCAAUUUCAAUCUGCAAACUUAAGUCUGAUGGCUGAAAUACUUCAACCGUUUGCAGUUUGCACCAAUAGUUUGUUUGACAAGUUUCAACAUUGUGAUUUUGACAUCAACAAUCCUUUUGGGACUACUAGAAUAAUUAUAAAAAAAAGAAGGAUAAAAAUGUGAAAAAAUUUGGUUGAAAAAAGGCUUAAUAUAUCGAAUAAUGGUUAUUCAUGUGUUAUUCAGUAUUCUUUGGGGGGAAAUUCUUCAUUUUGCUGAAAGUAUUGCACUGCAGUAAGCAUUCCUCCUCUGAGGACCAAUUGAUAGAAAUGUUUCAUUUUUAUCCUUGAUUGAACAUUUGCAACAAUUGUGCUGCUGAACUCUAAGAAAAGUUUUCUCAUACAUGUAGGUGGUUUAUAUCCUGCACUUGAUCCAUCUCCUACUUUGAGUGAGCCAUGGAUCAUAGACACUUUCCGAACUCAUCCAGAAUGGUGACAGACCGAGGUCAUGAUGGAAAUCAUUUAACUGGAGAACAGUCCUACAUUCAUAUGGGAAGGACUGCUGCUCUGGAAAAUGGUUCUUUGGUUUAUCCAAUUGACAAUAUAUUAAGGGGUGGAGCACAAUUUCCUUCUCAGUGGAAUUCGGAAGCCAGAGCCAUUCCGCAUCCUUCUUCAAAUUUCAGCAUGGAAAUACCACCUUUCCAACCAGCUUUUUCAGGCCCUUCUUAUGUUCCCUUCCCGCAGUCGUCAGCUGCUGGAAACUUAUAUCUGGCCCCGCAGAAUAAUGCAGGUCAUGCACAUUCUAAUUACUAUGGCAGUUGCAAUAUUCAUGAAAAUGAGAGGGGUCUGCUAGAUUCUGCAACUGGCAGUGUAAGGGGGCCAUUUAAAAGAAAAGGUCCCGCAAUUUCUGAAGCCUGUGAAAGAGGCAGCACAGGCAGAUUCUAUGGUGCAGGAAGUUCCUCUAGUUCUUCUGUGUUAUCUCUGGAAAAACCACCACCUGAUUAUCAAAAUGUUCCUUCUGGCCAUAUUGGCUUGCCUCAUUAUGGGGGUGGUAGCCUUUCAAUUGCUGGUGAAGAUCCAGUGAGGAAUGUAAGAAGCCGAUCUGGACUUGAUUGGGAAGCCAAUCCAAUGAGAACUCAUUCAUCAAGCCAUUCUUCUCAUCCUUACCAUUCAACAAUCCAUUCAUCAAGCUACCGUGGAGCAGUAGGCAUGACCAAUAUGAAUGCUACUGAUGAAACCACUCCAGAGUGGAACUUUAAUACUUUGCCUCCUUCAGCUCCUGGAAGGAUUCGAACUGCAGGUACCAAUGGCUUGGGCCAUGAGAGCAAUCAGUUUCUUGAGAGAGGAAGUGGCACAGAGAUUAGUGGCUGCCACCCUGGUUCUGUUUCAAGCAGAAAUCUUGUUUCGUCUUUGCAGUACCUUCCUGCUCCGCCCAUUCAGGGUACAAGGGAAGGCUAUGCUAGUCAUUCUCAAAGAGCAAUUCCUUCAUAUAGAGCUGGUCCGAGCUACCCUCAGUUUGGACAUGAAGUAGCUUCUACAGAAAAUAGUCUGCAGUCACUCUCAGAAACUUACCCUUCCAGAUAUUCAAGACCUUCUGCUGGGGGAUGGCAUAAUGGUCACAGGAAUGGAAGGUCAAGGAUUGCUAUUGACAGAUUCCAGUCAAUUUCUAGUAUUGUGGAUUCCCAUGACAGAAUUGGAUCUGAGGAUUUCAUGAUGAUGGAUCCCUCGUCGUUGUAUGCCAGUUCCGGGAAUUUUUCCGAUCAAUAUGGAGACAUGAGGCUAGACAUCGAUGACAUGAGUUAUGAGGAACUUCUUGCUCUAGGGGAAAGGAUAGGGAAUGUUGACACUGGCUUGUCUGAAGAUAUGAUUUCAAAGUGUUUGACAGAAACAAAGAUCUGUUCAGAUCUAAACCAUGAAAAAGGAACCUGUUGUAUCUGUCUUGAAGAGUAUGCUGAUGGGGAGGAAGUUGGAACUAUGAAGAACUGUGGACAUAACGAUUUUCAUGUCAGCUGCAUCAGGAAAUGGUUGUUGAUGAAGAAUUCCUGCCCUAUUUGUAAGGCUCCUGCUCUUACUGAUGGUUUGAAGGAGGAAUAAAAUGAUAGAUUUACUUUGGAUGCUCGUCUUUUGUUUAUUCUUGUAUAUACACAUACAUUUUAUGGACACAUUUCUUUAAAUGGUAGGGGCUAUGCACAAUUAUAUAUAGCAAAAACUUGUGUAUAUCAUUCAA